AUGGUCUCGAUGAUGUCGUUUCGCACGACGAUAGAAUACGCAACCCAUACAUUGGUGAAGAUAUGGCAACACGCAUCUCACAUUUUGCUCCUCACACCAGUGCUCGUCUCAUUCAGCAUCCUCCAAUUGUCCUGGCGAGAAGCCUACUGGCGAAACCCAUCCGCAGGAGGCAUCCCCGAAAUUCUCGGCGUUCUGCAAGUCGCUGCGAAGGCUCAUGAGCUCUUGAUCAUCUAUUCGCUCUCGCAGGUGCUGAUCUACCACAUCCGCGCACAGCUGAGUUCAACGAAUGGGCUUCCUUUCGGGCUCUUCACGACGGGCUUCGCGGCGACGUUGGGACAGCCUCCUUAUUCACCAGGCUUCUGGUGGUGUUGCUUUUCCGUUGUUUGGAGGCGUCGUAUUCGAUGGAGGCAUCUGGCCUUCGCAGGCCUUGUUCUACUCGUUACGCUCGUCUGCUUGACGGCUGGUCCGGCUUCGGCUAUUGUGUUGAUACCGCAGCUUCAAUGGUGGCAUAAGGGUGAUCUUUUCUAUUUUGCGCAAGGAGGCAAAGGCUUUGACUGCAACCCCAAUCUUCGCACGGACCCUCUGCAUUCGGACUAUUCAUUGUAUAUCCCAAAACAAUUGUUUCCAGAUGAAGUGUCUCAGAACACCUUACCGGGUGCUUUUUGUGUGAACGCAAGCCUCGAUGUCAACGCAUUGUGUCCGUUGCCUUGUCUGACAAAUGGUCUAGCUGGGCUGAACUGGACGGGCAUCAAUAAUUUCACUGUUCCCACAGAGAAUAAUCUCGGUAUUGAAGUGGGUCGGACGGUUGCAACCUUCACUAACAGUUUAAACGAUUUGAUCGACGAUAAUAGGACAGCACUGUUGCCUCCGCAUAAUAAUGGCUGGACAACAAAUCAGCUGAUCACGAACUUCUUGUCUCAAGGCGCCGUAGCUGAGUGGCAGCAAGGUAGACCGACGAUGACGAUCGAGGCUCGACAUGGCCUACGACGUGGUAUGCUGAGUCCGUACACCAACGUGGCGUGUGAAGUGCGGCCUUCUACAACCUUCAGCCGGAACCUUACAUUUCUUGUGGACUCAAGUUAUCUCUUGACUCAACGUGAAUACUUGGAUUCUGAGGGUUCCUAUGUUGAGAACGAGCUUGACGGUCACCGCUAUCUGAACGGAACGUACGACGUGCGGAAUAUUUGGGCCGAAGAAACUCUGAAAGAUCCUCCACACACGUUGUUCGAAUGGCGGGAGUUCCAGACCACCAAUAAUGUCUGGAUUUUGGCUGGCUUUAUCUUGUCUACGAAUAAGGGCCAAGAUAUCGCAAAUGUUUCCAUGUGCAGUGUUCUCGCCUCAUUCGAGCAAGAUGCUUUGGCUAUCAUUCCCACUACUGCCUCGCAAAGCAAUAAAGUAUUAUCGGACACCAUGAGUGGAUACAGUGGUUCCUCAAGUACUAUCGAUAUCUUACUUGCGGUUUCUCAUCCAUACGGGAUGACGGCGGUCCGCAAGUCAUGGGCUGAUGCUCUUAAUAAGGCCAAUGGUACGUCCAAUACAACUGUCAUGACCCAAUUUCUCGACGCAGGGAUGAAGCAGUACGUGGCCAACGUGGACCCGACCGAUAAAUAUUUUCCAUCCUUUGGUCAUAGUCUCAUGCUUUCGAUUGCGGUUGCGAAUGGCCUCUCGGCGAUAGGCUUGGAGUACCAGCACAAUGUCACGAUGUGUCGCAAGGGCUGGUGUUCACAGGGUCCCUUCUACAGUCGUUCACAGGAGUUCGUCGUUGCGAAUAGCACUAAUGAACACGACAACUUGGCAUGUGGGGAUAUGGGCAGUCCAAUGCCUGGAUCUAACGAGGGCAACCGAUCGCGGCUCCUGCAUACGUUUGCAGAGCCAGAUGAGGCUUUUCGAAACGCCCAAUGGACUCAGUUAUCUUUCCCAGUGUUCAAAUACGGCUAUGGUUGGGGGUUCGAUUCCAUAACGGUGAAAGUUGCAACGGCGAUUCUUCUCUUUCACGCUAUGAUGAUACUGACACAUAUCGUCUUGUCGUUGUACUUUGGAGGAUCUGAGAGCUAUGCUAACGGAUUGGCGGAGCUUCUGGCAUUAGCUUUGCAAUCAUCACCGUCAUUGGCGCUUGAGCCAGUGGCCAUGGCGCCGGGAAGGAAGACUUGGAAUAAGGCGGCGAUGGUUCGACGGAGAAAGCAACUGGAGCCGCAGGAUGAUCAGUGGGAGCUGGCGUUAUGUGAUGUUCCUCAUAGAAAAACAGAGACGUGGUAG